AUGACAACAGAUUCGGCUGUCUUGCCUGCCACGGAUCGCCGGAGUCCCUUUUUUGUCAAUGUGCCUUCACAUGAGGCAAAACCGAUCAAUCACCUUAUCCAGUACUUCAAGUUCUGGAAACACUUCAUCUCAGCAUUGAUAGCAUACUUGAAGGACUUGGUAUUGGCUAAGGAAUUCGACUCGAAUCUCAACUUGCAAUUGAUCUCUAGCGUGCAAUUUCCGGGGUUCCGUGACUUGCCGUACCGGUGUAUCUCUGAGUUGGAAUCCACCAAUAACUACGCAGCCACGACUCUGAGCUCGCCAAAGAAUGAGGUUAACAAAACUUUAGGUUCGCUGUUGACACCGGUUGUGUCCAAUGAGCCAAAACGCCCCAACUUGCCUCGUGCUAAGUCUGCAAGCUCCUUCCUCAAGAACCAGCCGUUUGCACACAGAAGAAGCACCAGUUCUACGACUAAUGACCAGGACGGCGCAUCUGAGUAUUCUUAUGGCAAAGCGUUGCCUGGAACCAAAGCUCUGCAGCAAUCCGGUAAAGGUGUGCAGCAGGGAAAGAACCGGCCAAACACCAUUUCUCCCCAGAAUUCUUCCACUAACGUUGCGCAGAACAUACUGGCUGCAAUGCUGGCAUCGAAAGCUGAUAUCGCCAUCGAUCCUACAUACUUUCCACCUGACUCUUUGUUCAUGAACAUGGGCUCAGCGCUUGUUAGCAAUCACUUGAAUAUUCAUCAAGCGCAACUUAGGUUGUGUCGCGAAAUCCAGCACAAAUUCAUUCCUAAUUUGGAGCAAUUGCACAGAAAUCUCAGUAUCAAGAUUAAGGAGAUCAAGUCUCUGUUGAAAAACGACUCUUUUGCCAAUCCCAACCUCGUAAAAGAGGUUUCGAAGACUGGUGUUUGGAUCAACGAUUAUGUCAACGCAGUCAGGCGGUAUUCUGGCUCCAAGCCCUUCAUCAAAAAACAUGUUGAAAACGAAGACGAGCGGGACUCUGUCUGUUUAAACGACCCUUUCCUCAUCAAAUUAUCCUUAGACCAUCAAUUGAAGAGUCAAUUGAUUCUCGAGAAUUUCAUUUUUGCCCUGUAUGUGAACUUGCAAAACAUUUCUAAAGAUUUGCUCAAUUAUGUUAUCAAAGAUUUGAAUGGUGUUUCCGAUAAAAUGAUAAAGUCCAUGAGCUCCGAAGCGGUUUAUGCCACAAACAUGGAAGAAACACUCGUCAACUUGGGUGUCACAUUGAGAAACAAACUCAAAACUCUGACUUACAAUUGGGAGUAUUUCAUGUCGCACAACAAGAACUUCUUGAACGUUUUCUAUGAUACACCCGAGUCCCCUAAAAGGGAAAUCAGAUCAUUCAAGGACGUAGUUUACCCCUAUUCUAAGUCAGUUCACAGCAAGUGUUUAAGAUGUGGCUUCAUCUAUAGAAAGCAGAAAGUGAUGAAGUCAUACGUAUCAUACUUUUAUGUGUUGACCUGCAACUACUUGCAUGAGUUCAAGAUCGAUACCAACAAUGAAAAGAAACAAAAGGACAAAGGAGUUAGUCCACAUCACAACAAAAAGAAGACCAAGGGUAAGGUUGGCGGUGUGAUCAGUCACGAUGACAGACCAACUAAAUCAUAUAAUCUCAAUGAUUUCACCAUCGAUGUUAAAGACUCCGGGGAAUUGAAGUUUAUUAUGCAACAAGUCUCUGGUAAGGAGAAGAUUUCAUUCAAGUGUCUGAAUGUAAAUGACUUCACUGCAUGGACAACUGACUUGCAAGACUUGCUCAAAUUCUGCAGCAACCAUUUGAAGCGGUUCAAGUUCAUCGAAGAGAAGUUGGCCAUGCGGGCCAAUGUUGCUGAUGAUUCCUCCCGUGAGACAACUCCGAUUCCUAGCGUUCCUGGAAGAGGCCAACAAGAGAUGUCUCUCAAUCUCAAAAACCUCUUAUCUGAUAAAAAUUCACUUGAACGGAUUCUGCCUAGCAGCCUUAAUGGUGCAUUUACACCUAAGGUUCAAUCGCCUAAUGAGCAAGCUACAAAUCCGUUUGACAAUUUUGAGAUGAAGCUAGACAACAAUGGCUCGUCAUCUCCAAGCCUAGAGCCAGUCGUUUCCCCAGAACCCACUGAGCAAAAGCAAAGCGAGCUUGAAGAUUACUUGCGUCUUCAAAAUGAGCUUAUGGCUCAACAACAAAAGCUCAUGCUGAUUGAAGAGGAUAGACAACUGAGUAUUUCUAGAACUUCAUCAGAGGAGUCGAUGACCUCUGGACUCAAUACUAACAACAAUUUGCCUCUCUUCUUGGGACAGAAUGAAGUGUACAUGAAUCAGAUUGGCCGUCAUCAUCAGACCACCGAGAGUCUUUCCUCCUUGCCUGAGGUCUUAAUUCUGGACCAUGGCUCCAACAACCACUACUAA